AUGGUCCACAGGAUUUUCUUGGGGGCUCACUAGCUCCUCCUCUUUUUUCUGAUGAAAUUUCAAAUUUUUGGAUACCGAACACGGCAUAUUUUAGGCCACGCCCAUUUUUAAUGGAACUCUCCGACUCCAAAAGCCGAAGUUUUCUGUUUCCCAGAUAAUUGAGAUUGAUUUUUCGUAUAGUAUCUUAUUUUUUGCUCCUGUUCCAAUUUCACCUGCUGAUUUCUGAAAAUCUCAUUAUCUCCAUCUCUUUUUCGCUCCCUCUCUCAUUUUUCGUCGAAAACGCAAAUUUCUCGCAGAAAUUCUUUCUCACCACCCAAUUUUUGCCUGCUCCACGUGGUCCAAAAACCACGUGUGAAUCAAAGUUUGUCGAAAUUUCGUCGUCUUCUUCGUUUUCGCCUCCUCCUUCGUCUACACCAUCUUUCAACCACCAAAAUCACCAUCAAACCAACCAUGAUUUGUCCACGUCAUACGUGGCUUGCGACGCGGUGACGCGACAAAUUGUCGCUGUUCUUUUGUCGAUUUCUGAUUUGACGCAGAAAUGGGCAAAGAAUUUGGGUGGAAAUGGCGAGGAAAAUGGUGUUGAAAAUCAGUGUAGACGAUUUGAAUCGAUGUUUGAUUUUGAUUUCAAACAGUAAGUUUGAGAAUCUGAAUUGAAUUGAUGUUGUGAUCGACAAAUUAUAUGUUGUUUUGUGAAGGUAUGAAACCUACUAUGAUAUAGGGUUCCGUAAAAAGUUCCAUGUAGAUUUUAUUGUAAAUCAGAAAAUUUCAAGUUCGGAUUUCCACGUGGAUUUUUGGCUCUCUAAAGUGUUUGUAUUGAAAAUCCGGCACUAUUUUUUCGGAACAAAAACUUCGAAAUCAAAGCCAAGGUGGAUGUUUCUCCGUACCUUCCGAUUUCAAAUUUUCCCCGUGCAUACAUAAAAUAGGUCCCCCGAGCCAGUUUUUAAAGUUAGGGUCCCUCCUUGAAAAUUUUCCAAGGUUAAACACCUGCCUCACAUUUUUGAGCGAAUUUUGGUAAAUUAUCAGCAGAAAAUUGGCCAAGUUAGGCACCCUUCUCUUCAGAUUUUUGAAAAAAGUUAAGCCCCUCACCCCGAUUCAGGGGACCCAUUUUAUGUAUGUCCCCGUGGAUUUUUGAUCUCUAGAAAAUAUGUAUGUUCUACAAAAUUUAUGAGCGAAAAAACCCUUUUUCUCAUUCCGCACCAAUGAAUCUGUGUUUUGUAGCCAAUAAAAAUUUCCUACCGAAAAUCGGAAAAAAUGGGAUCAAAUCCGGGAAACCUGCGAAAAAAUAUUCAAUUUUAAAAUAUGGAACUUUUGACACUUCCUAAUUAGGAAACCCCUGAAACCAGGAAAUUUUUAAAAUUUUAGAAAAAAGUGUCUAAUCCAUAAAAAACACAUAAUAAUCUAAUCCAUGGUUUUUUUUUGUAGAAUGUCAUCAGUUGCGUCGAAACACGCACUUCUUUUCGCCCUUGGCGGAGUUUCGAUUGCUGCACUUUUUGUUUGGUAUUAUCAAGCAAAACGACAAGAAGAAGCUAGAAAUCGAAAAAAAUCGAUUGCAUUGAAUAAUAAAGAAGGCGAAGUUCCAGAAGUUGCAGAAAAGAAAGAAGAGACUAUAGUAAUCAGCAAAAAAUCGGCGAAAAGAAAUAAGAAAUUGUCCGAAAGUCAAAAUGAGCAAGUGUAAGUUAUUUGUGAUGGAAAAAUUGAAAAUAAUUUCAAGAAAAACUGAUUUGUUUGAAAAAGUAUACUGUUUCUCUUUCUGAUAACUCCCUAACUAUCAAAAAUUAAUUUUUUCAGCCAAGCUUCUUCAAUUGCUCCAGAAGUUGUAGCUCAAUCAUCCGAAUCUCAAAUUGUCACACCAGAACAAUCUCAAUCUCAAGAAAUUGUUGCUGAAAAUGAGGUAAGCCUAGCUAUCUUUCUUUUGUUCUAUUUCCCACACUUUUUUCUUUCUGAAAGCCAAAAGUUCUUUAGUCAAUCUCGCUUUUUUAUGCUGUUUAUUUAUUCUUUCUUUUUUUUGUCGCGCGCGCAGAAUUUUAAUUAUAGUAAUCUAUUUUGUUUGAGAGCACAGUGAUGUCAUCACGAAAAAUGAGCAACAGAAAAAAUAGGAAAACAAAAUAUUUUUUGAGGGAUUUUUGCAGACUGACUAGGGAUAGUUUUGGACUCGAAAUAGGCACGUUUUGGAAGUUUUUUUGUUCUAGGAACUUAUAAAAUUUAAUUUGAUUAAUAUAAACAAAACUUUGUUUCUUGUUCGAAAUUCCAAGAAUUCUUUAAAACUUUCAGAAUUUUUCAACAUUCAAGUCAGAAUAAAUUAUUUUCUGAUUCUUGAAUUCUAAGAAAAAAAUCCUAUCAAAAAUAGUUUUCAAAAACAAUCAUACCAUUUUCAGCUGUUUGAUUUCUAGCUGAAAUCAGAAAAAUUUUGCAACUAAAAAUUCAUUGAUCAAAUUUUUCUUAGCCUAGCUUAAUUUCAUGUUAGAAAGUUCCAUUAAAAAUAAAAUACACUUUUUAAAAGUACAGUGGCUUAUCACAGUAUUUGCUUUUGAUCUGGAAUUUUUUCCUCAUUUUCAUUUAUGACUAACUGAAAUGAACACGAGUGAGAGAGAAAAAAAAAACGAAAUGAAAAAUGCACUUUUUCGGGGGCCGCCAAUAUAGCAAAAUAGUGUAUGAUUUGAGGAUGGUUUUAGUUUUUUCUUCUCUUCUGCGCGCGCGCCCGUCGUUUUUUCUGUCGCUUUUUUCCACAUUCCCUCGCAGUUUUUUUGCCUCCCUCAUCGUUUAUACGUAUUUACAACAAACAUGUAGAAAAACAAAGUGUUCAUCGUUAAUUUUUCGCGAAAAAUUGGCGUGCGAAAAAUUGAUUUUGAAUAACUAUUGUUUUUUUUUGGUUGUUGAAGAGUCUGAAUAUUACGAAUUCUCCUCGUGGAUUUUCAGAAAAAAAUGAGCUGAAACCCAUUUUUCAAACAAAAUUUCAGAAAUAUUUCCUAAUUUAUUCAGGCCAGAAAAAAUUAUGCGAUAUUUUCAACUAAAAAUCAGAAAAAUUGAAUAUUUAUUAAUUUUUCAUCGAUUUUUUGUUUAGAAAUUUGAUGUUUGGAAAUUUUUUGUAGCUAGGAAACGACAAUUUUUCUCUGCUUCAUUUCUAUGGAAAAUUUCUCAAUAAUUUGUCUUUUCUUUCAGCCACAAGGAAUUGAAGUUCCAACAGUGACAGUUGAAACAUCGGAACAAGUUGAAGCUGAAAUUGCCGAGGAAAAAAAGGUGGGAAAACAAAUAGAUAGGCUGAAAUUAUAGAUAAUUAGGGGGAGAAAUUGAGUGGGUUGGCUGUGUGCUUUUUUUCAGUCAUAAUUCAUAAUUUAUGCUCAUUUUUAGAACUCGGUUUUAUUGGUGAAUAACGACGUUUUGAUUGUUGAAAAAGACGAGGAAGAAGAAGAAGAAGAAGAAGUUUUGAUUGAGAAAAAUAAGGAGAAAGAAGAAGAGAUUAUUGUGCAAAAAGUUGGAAAACAACAAGCAGCAGCUCCAGCACCAAUUACAAUGCCAAAAAAGAGAACAUCGGAAAAUGAACAGGUGAGAUUUUGAGAGGAGGGUUUUGCUGAAAAAUAUAUAGAAGAUGUUGAAUUUAAAAAAAUGUUUUCCAAAAAAAAAAAUAGAACAAAAUAUUGCCAAGAUUUUUAAUAAUGAAGCUUUUAUGCUAAAAUUUCCUGGAUUAAAAUUAUUGUCUGAAAUUUUUUUUUGGAAGUUGAGUUUCUGAAAUGUGUUCUAAAGAAAUUUUUUUAUUUAAAAAAAAAAGUCAGAUUUUUUGAACUUGUAUGAACAAUGUUCUUCACAAUGACUUUUUUUUCGUAAUCACAACAAAUCCAAGAAAUCAUUUGAAAUUUACAUGGGAAAUAUUCUCUUCCUGUUUUUUAAAAUUAAAUUAGGCUAGAUUUUUUUUAAUUAGGCUAGAUUUUUUUAGCUAGAUUUUUAAAAAUUCGAUGAUUUAACAAAUUUUUUCAUUCAAAACCACGUUUGUUCUUUUUUCCAAAUUCGAAACUUCAGACCUCGAUCAUUUUUCUUCCGAAUUUUACACGGAAUCCUAUUUUUUAUCAGCUAAAUUUUCUCAAAUCCCAUUUUUUAUAAAGAAUUUUUCUGUAAAUAAUUAGAUUAUCGAAUUUGCGCCUGAAAAAACACAUGCAUUUUUUCGAGAUUUUUUUUUCAAAAUAUGAUUUUUAUUAUUCAGAAUUGCCUUGGAAACCUGAUGAUUUUCUGAACUUUUUUUUCGAGAAUUUUUAUUUUUGACUUCAACAGUCGUCAAGUUUCCGAAAAAAACGGUUAUCAAUAAAAUGUUAAAGCCUCUAUUCGACAAAAAAAGAGCCAUAAUUUUCAAAAAUCUUGACCAUUCCCUGAAUUUUUAGCUAUUCCAGAUACCAGAAGAACCAACACCAACAAAAGUACUUGAUCAACCCUUGUCUUUGGAUAUUGCACAAAUGUCGCCAGCUUCAUUUUCGUGGAGCGAAGAAAUGGAAAAGUUGGUUGUUUUUGCUGAUCACUGAAAAUAAAUUGAGUUUCAAAUAUUUCAUUGUUUCAGAAGUUAUAUUGAAGGAUUGCAUGAAUCGAGUGAUAUGGAACCAUCGCCAAUUUCGCCAUCACAUAGAGCUGUGAAAAAUAAUCGACCGAAUAAGUGAGUUUUUUGAGGAGCUGGGAAUUUUGAAGUUUGGCAGAAAAUUGAGAAAAAAAUUACCAGAAAUUUAGAACAAAUCAGAAACUGAGAGAAACAUAUUUUUGGGUUUCUAGGCUAUUUUUAAUUUAAAAUGCUUUACAUAAAUCUAGAAGUGUAAGAAAAAAUGGUCCGGAAAUCCGAAAAAUAGUCUACAAUUCGAAAAAUGACCUAGAAAUUGAAAAACUUAUCCAAAAUCUGAUUUUCUAGAUCACGAAAAGGACGUGGUAAUGGAUCUACUCCGGGAGCAAAUAAACGAGCUGCUCAAAGACGAUUGCAUUCGGUUGAAGAAAGAGCUGGAGAUGGAAGAAAUCCAGAAGAAGAAGAGGAACAAAAUAAUAGUAGACAAAUUGUAACAAGAAGUGAUGGUAGGUUGAAUUUUCAAUCAAAUUUGAGAAUAAUCAUAAUUCCAUCAUUUAGGUGUUGUUUUCGAUACAGCUGAACACGGUGAUCAUGAAGUUGGAUAUGAUAAGAGUGAUUCGCCAGGACUUGCCAGUCAAAAUAGUGAGGUUAGUUUGUUUUGGGAUACCUGGUUUUUUGGUCCCCUCCCUGACUGGUUGAAAAAAACUCGAGAAGAAAAAAAUUCGAACGAGAAAUGACCUUGCGAUCGUAUUGAUAUGAAAAGAGAAACGAAGAAGAAGAAGAAGUUGUUGGCAAUUUGUCAAAAAAUGUUGCGAAAGGAAGUUUUUUGCCUGUGUUUUUCGAUGAAAUUGGACUUGAAUUGUGGCAUGAUUUAUUUCGAGUUAGGCAUCAGAAAUACUUGAUUUCUAGAGAACAUGUAAGAAAUUUUUGAUGGAAAGCCAGAGAAGGCUUAAUGCCUCGAAAUAAGGAUUUCUGAUUCUAUCCUGGAUUCCAAAUUCAUAUCUCUUUUUUUUGAAUUUCGACAAGAAUACUUCAGAAGUGUUAGAUUUUCCAGUUCUUUGAUCAUUUAGAUUAUUCACUUUCUAAUUUCGAGCUCAACAUUCACGGAAUUUUGUUCGAAAUUCAGUACUGAAUUCAGGAUUUUUGGAUGUUUAUAGGAAAUGUGAACUUUGAGCAUUUUUGGAGAUUUAUAGUAAAUGUGAACUUUGAGAAUUUUUGGAGAUUUUCUAGAAUAUAAUAAGUUUCUUCUCAAGUUAUAAGAAUAUGGACAUCUGGAUUCUGAACUCAAGAAUUUCUGAAUUCAUGUACAGUUUUCAAAAAAUGCUCAAAUUCCAAAUUUAUGAUUUCUCUCUUGAAAAUUCGAAUUUGUGCUGCAAUUACCUAAACUCUAGCUAAAACCGCUCUAUCUAACCUCAAUCAAACAACCCCCGCCCUUUCUUAAAGUGCAUAUAUUUUAUCUUUCAAUAUUCUUUGAGGUCAUUUGGUUUCAUUCAUUUCUUGCAAGCGAUAAUUUAUUAGAACAGUGUUCUUUUGAUUCUUCUCCCGCCCCUUUUUCUCCAAAAUUCUUCUGCAAAGACUGCAAAAUACCAUGUAAAUGUUGCGCGCCUCGUAAAAUAACAAAAGAUGAAGAAGCGGCACAACUGAUUCAUCACUUUCAUUUUUUCGGUAUCUCUUUUUUCUCUUUUUUUUCGGGUCUACGGCAUAUUGUAGAAAAAUUGAGAAAGAAUAAAAAGAUGAAGAAAUUUGAGAGAGAAAUCAUAUGGUGAUGAUAAUUUUUGGCUUUUAUAACAACCCUGUCAUUGGGAUGAAAUGAAAUGUGAACUUUUUUUAUGAUAGGCGCAAAAUAUUGUGUGUCUGGGUCGAACAAUGGAGAAAAUUGAAACCUUGUUGGUUUUUUCGAUGUUGGUGGCCGCUAGACACAUAAAACCAUGAUUAAAUGGGAAAUAAUUUGCAUAUUUUUGUAUUGGAGAAUAAAUGGAGAAUUGUAAAAAUAUUAGAAUUGAUUGGCAAAAAGUCGACAAAAAAUCCGAGCUAAUAGAUCAACAACUCUAAAAUUCGGUAGAAUUUACUGACCCGUAGGUUAAUAAUAACUCGGAUUAACGUUGAUCUUUCGAACGAAACAAAAAUUACACAUCCACUUAUUUUCACACCAUUUUUCGAUGUAUCUAUAGAUCACAUGUGUUUUUCGACCCCCUAUCUUUUUUCUUCUAAUUUUCUUUUCGAUCUUCGAUUUUUCUUCCUCGCUAAAAGUGAUUAGUAACCCCAACCGUCUGUCUGGCCGACGUCCAAAAAGAAAAAAGAAAGGAAAAUGUUGCGUUGUCCGUUAGUAAAGUGCACAUGACAACUUUUUACGGGGAGACGGAAACAAAGAAGUUUGUGGGAAGAGGAAAACAUACCCACCCUCCUGACUUUUUCGAUGUUAUUUUAAAGGUGGAAAUGUAUUUUUAUGUGAGAUUUGCAUAUGUUGGGAAAUAAAGAGAGAGAAUAGAGAUCGAUAGAUCAAUUUGAUUUGAUGAAAAGUUUUUUCAUGAAAUGAAUGACAGGUGCACUUUUUGUGCUCUUCUCAUUAAUUUAUUGGGUGCAAAUGGGAUUUUCAAUGGAAAGUUUUUUUUGAAAGAGAGAUGAUUGGCAAUUUGGGUUGAUUUUAGGAAUUCCACAGUUUCUCCAAAUUCGGUUGGAAUUCGAGAUUAUUUGGUCAAGAUUACAUCUGA